UCCUUCCUGAGGGUUAUGUGGGAGGAGAAGCCGUAUGCCUCUGAGCGCCCUGCUCAGAGUGGACCUCAGCUUCCGUGGGGGCAUCCGCUUCCCCUUGUUGCUUCUGGGCUGCUGGCUCAUGGGAGGCGUUGCCAAACACCACAGGAUGGCACUGUCCAAAGCCUCGUCCACCCCGCCCCGGGGCCUCUCCACCCAGGCGCCGACUUCCCAUAAGGGCUCUGCUGUGACCACCCGCACUGCGCUGUCCUUUGUCUUCACAGAGGUAGGACCUAGCUCUGCCUCGCAAGGCAGACUGCUGUGGCCAGGGCCACCCACACUGGUGUGCGCUGAGUGGGUGUCCUCCAUGCCUGCAGGAGACUCUCUCCCUCUGGCAAACCACCCCCCGGGUAGAGACUCCCUCGCUGUGCCCACGCUAAUGUCCCUGGCUGUGUUGCUGGCCUUGUGGGCCCCAUUAGACUUGUCCAGGGUACUGUAUAAGUGCGUGUGGGGGGAAGGGCCACCUGCCCCCAGGCCCGUCAUGACAGCCCUGAUAGGCAGUGACCUGGGAGUGACCUCCCCAGCCUCCCGGGAGCUGGGGGGAGGGCAGUGCUGGGGGAGGGCUGGAGGCCUGGUCUGGGGGUGGGGAGACCCCCGGUUGCCCGUGGUGACAGCGGGACGGGGAGCUCGGGUGCAGUGGGGCUUCUGGGAAAACUGAGGCAGGAGAUGAGGGCACAGUGUCCCCCCGCUGGCUCCCAGACAGGACCGCAGCCCCAUGUGGAUGGUCACCCCACCGUCCCCCAGACCGCGUGGGGCUCACUAGCUGAGCGGGGCCACCCAGUGCAGUUGCCCCCAGGACAGCGCUGCAGGGGGCAGCUUCUCCUGGACGCUUGCAGCCAGGCUGUGGGGGCGCACGGGGUGGGGGGCUUUAUUCCCAACUCUCACACUGCAGCUUCUUGUGGUUCUGGUGACAGUCAGCUCCCGCCGCGGAGCAGAGGGCAAAGGAAUGGUCUCUCCUGGCCACGCGUGGCCCAGGCUUGCUGCGCCUGGCAGCCUGGGUCCAGUGGAAGUGUCCCCUUCAGCCCACACCUCCACCAGCAGCUGCCCCACGCCCCCACAUCUCCACUUUGCUUGUCUUCCCCCCACCCCUAGCCUGAUGUCAAGUGCUGUGUCCUGGGGUCCCCACUGCCUCCCCGUAUGGAAGUCCCUCCCCAUUACAGCCUGGCACAUAGCGUGGCCCAGUGCCUGUGCAGUGAGGACUGCGGAGAAACGGGAGAAGGCUGGGGGGGGCUCAGAAGGAAGCCGCUGUGCUGCAGGCUCCAGCUGUCCCCUUCUGCCAGCUCCCACCGACUUCCCUGUACCUGGC